AUGUCCAAGCGAACUAACAACGUCGCUGCAAAUGGCAAUACCUCGUCAAAGGAUGAGCCCGCUGAGCUCACCCAGCCCUCCUUCGACAAGCAGAAAAAUCUCCUCUCUUCGGACUCGGGGCACUUUUCGCUGGUCCGCGCAAUGCACCUGGCGGACCUCAUUACUGAGAUGAAUGGUCUCUGCGGUGUUCUUUCCCUCUUCUCCUCGAUGCGCUACUGCCUCGGCGACCCGACGGCAACUGGGAAUCUAUGGGCGGCACUUGGGUUCUUACCAUUCGGGCUGUUUUUUGACUUCCUAGACGGCAAGGUGGCGCGCUGGAGAAAAAAGAGCAGCAUGAUGGGCCAGGAGCUGGACUCCCUGGCCGACUUGAUUUCUUUCGGCAUCUCUCCGGCUAUUGUGGCCUUCGCUAUUGGCAUCCGCACGCCUCUUGAUCAUCUGUGCCUUGCGUUCUUCGUGCUCUGUGGGCUUACACGGUUGGCGCGGUUCAACGUGACGGCAACUUCGAUACCAAAAGACGCCACCGGUAAGGCUCAAUACUUUGAGGGCACUCCAAUCCCCACGACUUUAGGCCUCGACGCUUUAAUGGCAUGGUGGGUGUCGCAGGGCUGGAUUCAUGAUGCGAUUCCCGGCGGACUUUGGUUUUCUGGUACUGCCUUCGAGUUUCACCCGAUUGUUGUGCUGUUCAUGAUACACGGAUGCUUGAUGACGAGCAAGACCAUCCAUGUCCCGAAGCCUUGA